AUGACAACGCCAACCUCCACCACCACGGGUGCUCCCGGCCUCACCCCAGCAGGACUGGACGAGCGCAUCCAGAACUUGCCGCAAGAAUUACAAGAUGAGAUCAAGGACAUGUUGAUCGCCUCCGAACUACCAGACCGCUUCAUUAAAAUCGACUGCAACUAWAAGCCACCACUCGGUCUUCAAAUCGACCGUAAGACCCGGGAGAAUUUCGCGAGAAAGUUUUACAAGGCGGGAAUCAUUCAUUACGUUCCAUCGACGGAGUUCCCAACUAAAGAUUAUCAUGACUUCCUCGACAAAGCCUACAACUUGAUCGGUCUGUGGCUGUUGAAGCUUAACAAACCCCAUCGCGAGCUGUUGACGGUCAUUCGGUUUAAUGUUCUUGGAUUUCAAGGGAGCGUAAAUGAAGACUGGCGAGCGUUGAGAUCGAAAUUUUCCGUGCAGAGGUAG